AUGGGGCUGCAGGUCUGGGCCCUGCUCCUGCUCCUCAACCCAGGCUUUUCUGAUACGUUAAAAUUCUCUUACUCUGAAGUAAUAGUGCCAAGAAAGCUAGAACCAAGGGAUGGCAUAGACACCAAGGAGAAGGUGUCUUAUCUAAUUAAAGUAGAAGGAAAGCUCCAUAUUGUUCACCUACUACAGAAGAAAAUGUUCAUAGCCCCAAAUAUCCCAGUUUUUACUUACAAUGAGAAGGGAGACUUGAUAACAGAUUAUCCAUAUAUACAGGAUGAUUGCUACUACUCUGGAUAUGUGGAGGAUGUCCCAGAAUCUGUUGCAGUCCUCAGCACCUGCUCUGGACUCUGGGGACAUUUGAUGAUUUCCGAUUUAAACUAUGAAAUUGAACCUGUUAAAUCUUCCUCUACGUUUCAACACAUUAUUUAUCGAAUGGCAGCUGAUGAAGACUCACCUGGUCGAUGUGGAGUAACAGAUGAAGAUAUGAAAGAUCAAGCCGCUAAAGGCAGAGACCAUCAAAUAUCUAAGGUUCAGAUGGAGAGACAGCUUGUAGUAGAUAAACAUGAACUAAACACUUUGUACACAUCUACCAGAUAUUUAGAGUGUUAUUUUGUUGCAGACACAGCAAAAGUAAGACUCGAUGAAGUGAAAGAAGGCUUAGCCACAAUGAAGAAAGGGAAGUAUAUUCAUUUAACAGCAAAAAUGUACCGUCCAUUUGGCCUUCAUGUUGUUCUGAUUGGAUUAGAGCUUUGGACAGAAAGGGAUCUCUUUACAAUCACUCACCUUUUGGAUGACGUUCUUCUAUUUUAUUCAGAUUAUGUUAGAAAGUCCCUUAUGGGCCGUGUACAUUUUGACCACGCAGAAUUAAUUGUGGGUGGAAGAUAUCGAGGGGUUGUUGGAUAUUCAUAUGGAGACCUUCUGUGCACUAGAACUCCAUCAGUAGCUGUUGUCAAUGCAAGAGAUAUAUCAGUGCUCUAUGAUGCAAUCCUUGUUUCACAUGAGAUGGGACAUUCUCUUGGUUUCCCUCAUGAUGAUGAUAAGACAAAUACAGCUAGAGGCUGUGUUUGCAAAUGCCCUGGAGGAGGAAACUGUAUCAUGUGGUCAUAUGCCCCGGUGGCACAGCUGCAGCACUCCAGUUCUGUCUACACCGUGGAGCUGUCUACAUCAGAGGUGUGCCUACGGAGUGGUUGUUGCCUACCCAAUUGUGUAAUAAAGCCAGGUGCUGCUUGUAUUUCUGGACUUUGCUGCAAAAACUGUCAGCUUCAUAGACAAGGGGAAAUAUGCAGAAAAAGUAUUGGUGAGUGUGACCUUCCCGAGUUCUGCAAUGGGACUUCAAGCUGGUGCCCAGAGGAUGUAUUUAAGCAAGAUGGAACUCCAUGCGGUGACAAUGACUGUUGUUUCCAGGGGAGAUGCCGUAACCACGAGAGACAGUGCAAAGCUGUAUUUGGCAAAGCAGCACAUCGGGCCCCACUGAAUUGUUUCAAAGCAGUGAAUACUAAAGGUGACCGGUGUGGCAACUGUGGUGGGGAUGGACUUACUUACAAUAAGUGUCAAGACAAAGAUGUCUUGUGUGGAAGACUGCAGUGUGUUAAUGUUAAAAAAAUCCCUCAGAUGACAAGUCUUGGGUCCAUAGUUCAAACUCCAGUUGAUGAUAUCUUGUGUUGGGGUACAGAAUUUCAUGCUGGGAGGGACAUGGUGGAUGUUGGCUCAGUGGGAGAUGGCACCGCAUGUGGUGAGAACAAGAUAUGUAUAAACAGGACAUGUGUCAAUAUAACAAUUCUGAAUUACGAUUGUAAUUACUCAAAAUGCAAUAACAGAGGGAUAUGCAACAGUAAGAAAAACUGCCAUUGUAAUUUUGGUUGGGCCCCUCCAGACUGUAAAUUAAAAGGAUUUGGAGGAAGUGUUUCUAGUGGGCCCCCUCCACCUACCAAUAUGUCCAGUAGUGACAUUGUCAUUAUGGGAGUAGCAAUUGGAAGCAUCCUUCUUCUUCUUGUGGUUCUCAGCUUUGCCGUGCAUAAAAGAGCUCAAAUUGCUCGGAUCUUUAGCAGGUCUUCCAGAAAAGGACAGACAACAAAAGGUGGUACUCAUGCUGCAGACACGUUUAUCAACAUCCUUCUUGACUACUGGAUACAGCAUUCCAUCAGCAGUUGCACCAGUACCAAAUACAGAGGUAAAAUAACCACUCUCUACUCCUACUAA